GUUUUUGCAUACGGUCAAGUCACGUGGCUUCUCCCCUCCCCACUCCGCUCGAACGAUGCCAUGGCGAUCGCGAAGUUCUCGUCGCUCUGAAUCCACGGCGCUUCCCCUCUCUUCCCCUCGCUCGCCCCAGGCCGAAGCACGGGGGCGUCGUCGCGGCGGUUCCCGUUGAGACCGGCGGAGUCGGUCUAGCACUCGGGAUCUGCUGAUUCCGUGGAUCCACGCGGCGAGGUCAAUCUGAGCGCCAUCCUCUGCGAUCUCUCUCUCUCUCUCUCUCCGCCGGAGUGUCGGAGGGGUUGCCGUUUCUGUUCCCGUCGCGUCCGGAAAUGGAGGAGUUCGUCGAGAAGUUGCCGGCCAUGGAUCUGAUGCGCUCGGAGCAGAUGACCUUCGUCCAGUUCAUCAUCCCCGUCGAGUCCGCUCACCGUGCCGUGUCCUACCUCGGCGAGGUCGGCCUCGUCCAGUUCCGCGACUUAAAUGCUGAGAAAAGCCCUUUCCAGAGAACAUUUGUUAAUCAGGUGAAACGUUGUGGGGAGAUGUCAAGGAAAUUGCGGUUUUUUAGAGAUCAAGUUGGUAAAGCUGGUAUAAUGUCUCCUGAGAAUCCAGUUGUGCAACCAGAUGUUGUGUUGGAGGAACUAGAGAUUCAGCUUGCUGAACAUGAACAUGAGCUUAUUGAAAUGAACUCUAACAGUGAGCGUCUCAGACAAUCUUACAAUGAGUUACUGGAAUUUAAGAUGGUAUUGCAAGAGGCAGGUGGCUUUCUUUUCUCAGGAAAGAACCAUCCUGUUGCAGAAGAGAGAGAAUUGGAUGAAACUGCAUACUCAAACGACUAUGUUGAGACUGCUUCCUUACUUGAAAAGGAGAUGAAACCAGGAACAUUGGAACAAUCUGGUUUGAACUAUAUCAGCGGGAUAAUUUGCCAGACCAAAAUACUUAUGUUUGAGAGGAUGCUUUUUCGUGCGACAAGAGGCAAUAUGCUUUUCAACCAGGCACCAGCUAAUGAAGGCAUCAUGGACCCUGUAACAUCUGAAAUGGUUGAUAAAGUUGUUUUUUUGGUUUAUUUCUCUGGAGAGCAAGCAAGGAAGAAGAUUAGAAAAAUUUGUGAAGCAUUUGGUGCAAACUGUUAUCCUGUUCCAGAUGAUAUUACCAAACAAAGGCAAAUGACUAGAGAAGUUUUGUCACGUCUUUCUGAGCUGGAAGCAACCCUGGAUGCGGGGAUACGUCAUCGAAAUACAGCCCUUAGUUCCAUAAGCCUCCAUCUGCCAAAAUGGACAAACCUGGUAAGAAGGGAGAAAGCAGUAUAUGAUACAUUGAAUAUGCUUAAUUUUGAUGUUACGAAAAAGUGUCUUGUUGGAGAAGGAUGGUGCCCAAUCUUUGCCAAAGCUAAGAUCCAGGAGGUGCUGCAGCGUGCAACAUUUGAUAGUAAUUCACAAGUGGGCAUCAUAUUUCAUACGAUGGAUGCAGUAGAAUCUCCACCAACAUUUUUUAGAACCAAUAAGUUUACAAAUGCAUAUCAGGAAAUUGUUGAUGCAUAUGGAGUUGCCAGGUAUCAAGAAGCAAAUCCUGCAGUAUACACCGUCGUUACAUUUCCAUUUCUUUUUGCGGUCAUGUUUGGGGAUUGGGGUCAUGGGAUAUGCUUGUUGUUGGGAGCUUUAGUCCUCAUUGCUCAGGAAAGUAAGCUCAGUAAUAAGAAACUGGGCAGCUUUAUGGAGAUGUUAUUUGGCGGACGUUAUGUUCUCCUUUUGAUGUCCCUAUUUUCAAUAUACUGUGGGUUGAUUUACAACGAAUUCUUCUCUGUACCAUUUCACAUAUUUGGUCGGUCUGCUUACAAAUGUCGGGAUACUACUUGCAGUGAUGCACAAUCGGCUGGUUUAAUUAAAUACCGAGAUCCUUAUCCAUUCGGUGUGGAUCCUAGUUGGCGUGGAAGUCGUUCUGAACUUCCUUUUUUGAACUCGCUCAAGAUGAAGAUGUCUAUUCUAUUGGGUGUGGUGCAAAUGAAUUUAGGGAUCAUUAUGAGUUAUUUCAAUGCAAGAUAUUUUGAAAGUUCUCUGGAUAUCAGGUAUCAGUUUGUGCCGCAGAUGAUUUUUCUCAACAGCCUUUUUGGAUAUCUUUCACUUCUUAUUGUUAUCAAGUGGUGCACCGGUUCUCAAGCCGAUCUUUACCAUGUUAUGAUUUACAUGUUUCUGAGUCCUACUGAUGAUCUUGGGGAGAACCAACUGUUUUGGGGCCAGCGGCCACUUCAGAUCCUUCUAUUGCUUUUGGCUCUUAUUGCUGUCCCAUGGAUGCUCUUUCCAAAACCUUUUAUAUUGAAAAGGCUUCACAUUGAGCGAUUCCAAGGUCGUACUUACGGGGUGCUUGGUAUUUCUGAGAUGGAUGUUGAAGCAGAACCUGAUUCUGCCCGCUCCUGGCAACAUCACGACGAUUUUAAUUUCAGUGAGGUUUUUGUGCAUCAAAUGAUACACUCUAUAGAAUUUGUCUUAGGUGCUGUUUCCAAUACGGCUUCUUAUCUUCGUCUUUGGGCUUUGAGCUUGGCCCACUCGGAAUUGUCGACGGUCUUCUACGAGAAAGUGCUCCUACUUGCCUGGGGGUAUGACAACGUGAUCAUUCGGUUGGUGGGUAUCGCCGUUUUUGCUUUUGCGACUGCCUUCAUUCUUCUAAUGAUGGAGACCCUGAGCGCUUUUCUUCAUGCCCUGCGUCUUCAUUGGGUAGAAUUUCAAAAUAAGUUCUACCAUGGUGACGGUUACAAGUUUAAACCUUUCUCCUUUGCAUUAUUAAACGAUGAUGAUGAGUAAUCACAAACCUGUUAUCCCAAUUUUGAGACUUAGGAUAUUUAGAAAGGAAGGAUUUAACUAAUGAAACAAGGAGCAGAGAAUGCGCCGAAAAAUAACGGUAUCCCUGAAGUGCUUUUCAGGUUUUAUAACAUAGUGCUUGAUACGUAGUACAUUCGUGGAAGAUAGUCUUAGUUUCUUUCACCCUGUCAGUAUAUACGAGGGUCACCUGGAGGAAGUCUAUUUCAUUCGUCUUUUGCUACAAAUUUUUCUUCGAGUAGGAUCAUCACUUGUAAAGAGGGAGCCAUGGAGCUAUUUUACCUUACAAAUUUUGGCGUCGAGUUCCCUCGAAGUCAGAUAUGUAAAUUUCACUCUGAAGCUAGCUUGGAUUUGAGGAAAUAAGCAAUUUUUAUUUCCAUUGUUUGCAAUACGAGUAAUUUCUGGCA